GCCGGAGUCUGCGCUCUGGGCUCGACUGAGGCUCCCUGGCCGCUCGCGCUCUUCUCUCCUUCUCCAAGAUGGCGGUGGUCGGCGGCGCGGAGGCGGGAUCCGGGCGAGCCAAGUGAAGACCUGGUCCUGUAGACGGGAAGGAGCCUGGACACAGUGACAUUCUCAAAGGCCCUGCAGGACCGCCAUGGCUUAUGAUGACUCCGUGAAGAAAGAAGAUUGCUUUGAUGGUGAUCACAGCUUUGAAGACAUAGGACUAGCAGCUGGCCGAAGUCAACGAGAAAAGAAACGUUCUUACAAGGAUUUUUUAAGGGAAGAGGAAGAAAUCGCUGCUCAGGUCAGGAAUUCUUCCAAGAAGAAGUUAAAGGAUAGUGAACUUUACUUCUUGGGGACGGACACACACAAGAAGAAGAGGAAGCACUCCUCUGAUGAUUACUACUAUGGAGGACAGUGGUUCUUGUUCUGAGUGCCGAUAAACCAGUGUGAAGGAGGAGAGAGGUGGAGGGCUGGUAUUUUGGAGGAUUCAGCAUAGAAGAACAGUCUUCAUUUGUGAUACACCAGAUAUUUCGUCUUUGGAAUCGUCACAGAAGAAAAAGAAAAAAUCCAGCCCACAAUCUGCUGAUACCGCUAUGGAUCUGCUGAAAGCUAUCACUUCCCCACUGGCCGCGAGCUCCAAGCCCUCCAGAAAGACAGGGGAAAAGUCUUCUAGUUCUUCAAGCCAUUCAGAGAGCAAAAGGGAACACCACAGGAAGAAAGUCAGUGGGAGCAGUGGGGAGCUAUCCCUGGAGGAUGGUGGUUCCCACAGAUCCAAAAAAAUGAAACCGCUGUACGUGAACACAGAGACGCUGACCCUCCGUGAGCCUGAUGGCUUAAAGAUGAAGCUUAUUCUCUCACCAAAGGAGAAGGGAAGCAGCUCAGUGGACGAGGAGUCUUUUCAGUAUCCCUCUCAGCAAGCGACUGUAAAAAAAUCCUCUAAGAAGUCGGCUCGGGAUGAGCAAGGUGCUUUACUCCUAGGACACGAGUUGCAGAGCUUUCUGAAAACAGCCCGGAAGAAGCACAAGUCAUCCUCAGACCCACGUGCAUCUCCUGGCCCCGAAGGUUGUGGGUCUGACGCCUCCCAGUUCCCAGAACCCCACAGUGCUAACCUGGAGCUUUCCGGGCUUGAACCUAUCCUAGUAGACUCAGACUCGUCCUCUGGUGGGGAGCUGGAGGCUGGCGAGUUAGUGAUAGAUGAUUCUUACCGGGAAAUCAAGAAGAAAAAGAAGUCGAAGAAAAGCAAAAAGAAAAAGGACAAGGAGAAGCAUAAAGAGAAACGCCACUCCAAGUCCAAGAGAAGUUCAGGACUUUCUGCGGCAGCAGUGGGAGAGGUCACGGUGACACCUGGCCCGCCUCCCAGCAUCCCCUACACUGGAACAGCCGCCCCUCCCCCACCACUUCCUGGCCUCCACACAGAGGGGCAUAGUGAGAAAAAAAAGAAAAAGGAGGAGAAGGACAAAGAGAGAGAGAGGGGAGAAAAGCCAAAAAAGAAGAACAUGUCAGCCUACCAGGUGUUCUGUAAAGAGUAUCGUGUAACCAUUGUGGCUGACCAUCCAGGUAUAGAUUUUGGGGAACUUAGUAAAAAACUGGCUGAAGUAUGGAAGCAAUUGCCAGAAAAGGACAAAUUGAUUUGGAAGCAAAAAGCCCAAUAUCUACAACACAAACAGAACAAAGCAGAAGCUACAACUGUGAAAAGAAAAGCCUCCAGCUCAGAAAGUUCCAUGAAAGUAAAAGCUUCCUCUGUGGGAGUACUGUCACCCCAAAAGAAAUCCCCGCCCACUACCAUGCUGUUACCAGCCUCACCGGCCAAAGCUCCUGAGACAGAGCCCAUAGAUGUCGCUGCUCAUCUCCAGCUGUUGGGAGAGUCCCUCAGCCUCAUUGGACACCGCCUGCAGGAAACUGAGGGUAUGGUGGCUGUGUCUGGCAGUUUGUCAGUGCUUCUGGAUUCUAUUAUCUGUGCGCUUGGCCCCUUGGCAUGUCUGACCACACAACUACCUGAAUUGAACGGCUGUCCCAAACAGGUCUUGUCAAACACUCUAGACAACAUUGCUUACAUCAUGCCUGGACUGUGACAGCAAAGAAUCCUGGGACAGAAACCUUAUCCUACCCCAUUGCUGGUUUGUGUAUAUAUGGCUGUUCCAGAUCCCUUCACUGGCCCCUGGGUGUAGGUUUUAAAUUUUUAUAUACAUACAUAUAUAUAUAUAUAAUGUACAAUAUAUACAUAGGACUGUAACUACUCUGCUUUUAAUAAUUUUAUGAAAUGGCAAAGGUUUAGCCAAGAGGAAAACUUGGCAUGAAUAUAGGCUUGGGAUUUUUUCUCCUGUGGUGGAUAAAUCUGCCUUAAAAAUCAAUGUAACUUAGGGGCUGGGGGCUUGUUCUGGGUGCCAAGUGCAUCUCUUUAUGGACAGCUAAAAUGUGAUUUUUUCCAAACUCACUUGUACCUCCAGACCCAUCUCUGACCAUUUGCCUUACCUGUCUUACAGUCUGAAAUGUAAUAGGAAAGAUUAUGGGAAAAGGCCAGUUGACUGAAAGUGCAAAGCCUUUCAACUUGAAGCGACCCAGGUGGGAGGUGAUAAAACCAUUCCCAUCUUAGAAUUAUUGCAGCGGCUUAGGUAAACUUGGUAGGGGGUUCAUUCCAAUUCCUGCUAUAUAGGUGUCCAUGUCUCGAAAAUUAUUGUAAUCAUUGGUACCAUUGGCAGCCUCAGGAGGGGCUGAGUUCGUGAGCCCUGGCAGCUCCGUGGAGAGGGCAAAGCUGUCAGUGCCACCAGCUGAACUGCAUGUAUUGUAAGCUGACCCAGAAUCUCUGGUCUGCAGAACGAAGGGCUAGUAUCUUCCAUUGGCAGCAUUUGCUUAGCCACCAGGUCCUCACAGGUUCUGCUGCUUCACUACUUGGUGGUUGUGGAAGAUGAACUUUGCCCAGCGGGAUUCUUGGGUUCAUCUUAUCGGCCCCCCUGGUGGGCAGAUACACAGUGUUCUGCAUUCCACACAUAAGUGAAUUGCAAAAAACGUACUCGAUUCUCAUGCAGGUUUAUUUAUGUACGUGUGUGAAUGUGUGUUUUAAUUAUGUGUAUUUAACUCUUUAAAAUCUCUUAGAUUUUAAUUUAUCCUGUAAAUUUCUGUAUAUAUAAUUUAAUAACAAAAGCCUCCACCAGCAACAGCAUGUGGAAGAUACAGAUUUGUUUUUCUUCCUCCCUUCCUUUCUCUGGCCUCCUCUGAAAACUCCAAAUCAUUUACAUUUUAAGGUAUCGUGCCUGAAAAAGGAAUUAUUAUGUCAGGAUUCUAAUUCUUUAUAAUUCAAUAAUGUCAAGAAAGUAAAAUAAAAAGGGAUGUUUCCAUUCCCAGCUGCCCUUAUUUCCAAAGAACCAGACUUUUGCUUCCUAGUUCCAAAGAAGACAGUUGAGCGCGUCAGGGUCGUUUUUACAUGUGGUGUGAGAUUCCCUGCCAAAACCCAUCUCUGAGCUAACUGCUUUCCUCCCUGGGCCUGGACGGAGCUCCAAGCAUCAGAGUAGACCUCUGAGGACAGUGCAGCCAGCCUGCAUCCUCCCCUUCUCCCCUCUGGUGUGGUCACGGGGCUGUGUUUCAUAAAGGUGUUCUGGCUGUUGAAUGUCUUUCUCAGCUCAGAGAAGUUUUGAGAUUUAAUUGGGGAAACAGAAGGAAACAGGAAUGUUUGGAAACCAAAAUCAAGAACAGAAAUCUUGUUUUGAUUUCGUGUUGUUAGAACCUGUACCACGCCUCAUCUGUACCCAUGGAGGUUUCCUGUUUGACACAGGGUAUGAAGGAAGACAUGGAUUAGUACCGAAAGAAGUCAGUCCUGCCAUUGUCAUUUGUAUACAUUAAUGACAUCCUGAUGAGGACCUGCUUUUUGUUUGUUUUCCUUUAAAAUCCAGUCCUAUUGUAUUUGUAUUUAAAAAUUUGUAUACAUUUGUAUGAUAAUCCGUACCUUGUGGUAUUUGGUACUAUUAGAGGAAAAACUUUGGAUUCAGACCUUCUUGCAGUUUUAUAUCAUUGUUUUAUUUUGUUUUUUUAAAUAAAAUCUAGUGGUUUGAUCCAAAUUCCAUUACAGUUGUAUAAAGAUAUAAAAUUUUGUACUUAUAUUAUUAAAAAUCACAUUUUUAAUAUUUA